AUGAAAUUUGUUUCUUUCUUAGGAUUUUACAACAUUGGCUCGAGAAGCAGCCAUGAUGGCUGUGUCAAGGUAAGUAAGCAGUCUAUACCUGCCUUCUUUUUUUCUUUUUUUUUUCUUCUUUUUUUUUCUUUUCUUUUUUCUCCUUUUUUUCUCCUUUUUUUCUUUUCUUUUUUUCUCCUUUUUUUCUUUUCUUUUUUCUCCUUUUUUCUUUUCUUUUUUUCUCCUUUUUUCUUUUCUUUUUUUCUCCUUUUUUCUUUUCUUUUUUUCUCCUUUUUUCUUUUCUUUUUCUUUUCUUUUUUCUUUUUCUUUUCUUUUUUCUUUUUUUUCUCCUUUUUUCUUUUCUUUUCUCUCCUUUUUCUUUUCUUUUCUUUUCUUUUUCUUUUCUUUUUUCUUUUUUUUCUCCUUUUUUCUUUUCUUUUCUCUCCUUUUUUCUUUUCUUUUCUCUCCUUUUUUCUUUUCUUUUCUCUCCUUUUUUCUUUUCUUUUUUCUCCUUUUUUCUUUUUCUUUUUCUUUUCUUUUUUCUCCUUUUCUUUUCUUUUUUCUCCUUUUCUUUUCUUUUUUUCUCCUUUUCUUUUCUUUUUUUUCUCCUUUUCUUUUCUUUUUUUCUCUUUUUCUUUUUUUUCUCUUUUUCUUUUUCUUUUUUCUUUUUUUCUCCUUUUUUCUUUUUUUCUUUUCUUUUUUUUCUCCUUUUCUUUUCUCCUCAACUUCUUCAUUUAA